AUUUAUUUACUCUAAAAGUUAAAAGGGAAUUCUCCUUCCCUUUGAUUUUAGGUUACACAGCUUGGUGGAGACUCAUAUUGGGGAGCCAUUUGUGAAACUGAGAAUUCCUAUUUCUUUCACUUCUCUCGGAAUUCCAUUGAUUUGUGCACCAGUAAAGUCCUCCAGGUCAGUCUCGCCACUAUAUUAGGCUAACAACUUCUCUUUCUCGCGCCAUCAAGCUUUCGAGGGGCUCAUUCAAGACGUAUCCAACUAUUAAUCAAAAUUUUUGGAAAGAACCACUUACGAUUCGAAUUCGAUCUGUAACUAUUGCGCCGUCCGUCUCCCUCAUCUUCCGACUGCCAUCUUCUCCUUCCCACUUCUGACGGCCAUCCUAACAGGAACCAUUUUGAAGUUUGCAAACAUUAGAAUGUAAAAGAAAGGAAGGACAACUCAAUCCAACCCGUUUACACCUCUAGAGCACAUAAUGAAAUUGCGGGGUUUUUGAGUGACAAGAAGAGGCCCUUGAAGACUUAAAGGUUUGAAAAUGAAUUCAGAAGCUUUGCAGGUAGCUAAGGUCUAUCGCCAGCUUCUCAAAGCUGUAAAGAAACAUGUUGGAAAGGAAGAGAGCAAGAAGCAUUUUGUGGACUAUGUGGCUCAAAAGUUCAGAGAUAAAUCCAUACUUUCAAAACCCCACUCUAUUCAACAGGAAAUCAAGCUUGCUCGGGAUUACACAUUUCUACUUAACAGUGUGCACCAUCAAAAGGACUUGCUGUUCUCGUACAACAUUGCUGUUGAUCGAUCAGAUGAAAUGAAGCGAGUAUUGGGCAAGUCUGCAGCAAGUGUGGGGCUUUCACUUCCCGAGGUCUAUCAACCCUGAUGCCCUGUGGUUGUUUGAUUAAGAAGAAGCACUUUUUCCCCUAAUCAAAGAAGAAUAAGCACUUCGAUGAGCUGCCAACUUGCCAGCAGACUUACAUAUUGUUGAUUUUUUCUACCUUUUGAUGCAUCAAGUUUGCACAUCGAAAGAAACGAAGGCGUACUCUAACGUUUUUAUUAAAUGGUUAGAUUUUUCCUCUUAUUAGUACUCCCGAGGGUGAAUUCAAGCAUUCUGGUGUGAUGUUGGUUUCAUUUCCAAUUAAUAUAAACUUUAUUAAUGUGAAAAGGAGCUGCUGAAUUUGGAUGGAAAUCACAUUUACUUUACUUUAUUACAAUUGUCCAACUUUCUUAAAUAAAGUUACAACUUGAAAGGCAUUGAGUA